UCUAAUGUAUAUUGUGAUAAGCUCACUCCUGAGGUCAGUGCUGUACUUAAUUACAGUCCACCACUGGAGUACAUAUAUUAUCCUUUGGCUUUCUGGGUACAGUAUACUAUUGAAACAGCUCCUAGGAAACCUGGGAAGGAGAGGCUCAGUGUGUCCUGGCAAUCACAGUUUGUGGAGCGGGUUUAACGACAGUGUUAUAGCACAAAGAACCUCCAUAAGACCGUUUAUAACAGAGAACCGACCACUGAAUCAUGCACAAAACUGGAAAACCGGUGGGAUUGUCCUUAACUGUAGCAGCACAGCUCUGGUGCAUCGCUCAGUCGCGUGGUGGCAGCACCGCGGCGCACAUGCGAUAGCGCGAGAGCGGAAGCAAAACCAAAACGUCAUCCGCGCGCGCCCUACCUCGGAGAAGCAAUGGCAGAUACUGGCAAACAGAAGGUUAUCAAGUUGGUUCCUGAGAACCUCCUGAAAAAGAGGAAAUCGUAUCAAGCCAUUAAAGCGACUCAAGCCAAGCUUGCUUUGCUUCAGAAGCGAAAGGUACACAGGGGACAGUCUCUGAAGUUCACACGCUUAGAAGAGUUUCAGAGGAACAGCAAGAGAAGACUUCGGGAUGAUGUCCGUCUGCGGAGAGCCAAGCAGAGGCCACCCCCUCCGCUGCCACCAGCCAAGAACACCUUGGCGUUUGCUGUUCGCAUUCGAAUGAUCAAAGGCGUCAGUCCCAAAGUUAAAAAGGUCAUUCAGAUGUUGAGACUACGGAAAAUCUUCAGUGGUGCUUUUGUCAAAAUAAGCAGGACCUCUCUAAAUAUGCUGAAGACUGUUGAACCUUAUGUUGCCUGGGGCUUUCCCAACCUGAAAUCCGUUCGUGAGCUUAUCUUAAAAAGAGGCCAGUUAAAAAUGAACAAAAGUAGGAUUCCUCUCACAGACAACACGGUCAUUGAGAAACAUCUAGGGCAGUAUGGCAUCAUCUGUUUGGAAGACCUCAUCCAUGAGAUCUACUCUGCUGGAAAGAACUUCAGGAUGGUGAACAGGUGUCUCUGGCCAUUCUGCUUGUCGGUACCGCGGCAUUCUGCCAAAGAUAAAGUUGGCCUUUUAAAAGACAUGGGCGAGCCGGGACCUAGAGCUGAGGAUAUUAACAGAGUCAUCAGGAAGUUCAACUGACCUCUCGAUGUUGAGCUUACUCAGACUGGACUGUUUUCCAAAGCUGGUUUUUGGCUUUGUUUCUUUUACUUUUUCCUGUUUAUUGGAAUAGAUCAUAUGUCCUGCAAGUUUAUGCAGCCUGUCACACCAAGGAAGGGCUUGAUGUCAGACUGCUGUCCUCACGAAGGAAUGACUGGACCAGAUUUUGUCUUGAACAGUUUGGAAACUGCCACUGUUCGAGUCACAGUCGCUCCAUGGCCGACUCGAUUUAAAUAUCACAUUGUACUUUGUAAUGAACUAAUUUUCCUGUCAGGCUGCAGAGUCUAGUUUAUCUUUCUUUUUCUCUGUAUCAAUAAACAUGAAGUUGGGUGUUGUUUAGUAUGGAGUCUGAGGCUGACCUUAUAGAGAUUAGCUACUAAUGUGGUUGUUUGAUGCGUUUUAA